AGAGUGCGCGUGUAGAAACAAAGUGUUUUUUUUGUUUUUUUUUGAGGGGGGGGUUGGUUUUGUCUUUGGGAAAACCGAAUUUAACCAGGCCCGCUUUUACUCCAAACACAUACGCCCCCCACGCAAGGUUUUUUUUUCUUUUUUUUUUGAGGGAAGGGGCGGCAGCGUGCACGCGCACGUCACUCAUCCACGCGAGUUGGAGGCAGGUAGCGUGCACGUGCGCGCCGUCUCAUCAACGGCGGCCGACCGGCUCCAUUGCGAUUCGCGCGUGUCCUCGUGGGCUUUCCUCGGCUCGCCGAAGCGACGCCCGGCCGGAGAACGAAGAGCGGACGGCGGCGGUGCCACGUAGCUAGCCGGCUAACGGAGCGCGAGAGCGCCCCCCGUUGAGCCGCCGAGAUGAGCCGGACGUGCAAGAACUGCGGGAGUUCCGACGUGGACGUGGACCACGCCCGCGGAGACGCCGUCUGCACGGCCUGCGGGUCCGUGCUGGAGGACAACAUCAUCGUGUCCGAGGUGGAGUUCGUGGAGUCGGGAGGAGGAGGGUCGCUCGCCGUUGGACAGUUUGUAUCCUCAGAAGGCGGCGCCAAGCUUCCGUCGUUCGGCGACGGUCAUCUGGCCCACGCGGGCAAAGAGUCGCGAGCGCAGACGCUGCACAAAGCGAAACAGCACAUCGGCGUCCUGGGCCACCAGCUCCAGCUCAGCCAGCACUGCCUGGACACGGCCUUCAACUUCUACAAGAUGGCGCUGGCCAAGCACCUGACGUGCGGGCGCAAGGCGGCGCACGUCAUGGCCGCCUGCAUCUACCUGGUGUGUCGCACCGAGGGAACGCCGCACAUGUUGCUGGACCUCAGCGACAUCCUUCAGGUGAACGUGUACACUUUGGGGAAAACCUUCUUGGCGCUCUCCAGAGACCUUUGCAUCAAAGCUCCCGCUAUAGCAGACCCGUGCCUCUACAUUCCGCGCUUCGCCCAGUUGCUGGAGUUCGGCGACAAGAACCACGACGUGUCCAUGACGGCCUUGAGGCUGGUGCAGAGGAUGAAGAGGGACUGGAUGCACACCGGACGAAGGCCCUCUGGACUCUGCGGGGCCGCUCUCCUGGUCGCCGCUCGCAUGCACGACUUUCGCCGCACGCCCAAAGAAAUCAUCCACGUGGUCAAAGUGUGCGACAACACGCUCAGAAGAAGACUGGCGGAGUUUUCAGAAACGCCCACCAGCUCGCUGACGGUGGAGGAGUUCAUGAAGGUGGACUUGGACCGGGAGUGCGACCCCCCCUGCUUCACGGCCGGACUGCGCAAGAAGAAAGCGCAGCAGCUGGAGGUGGAGCUGAAGAAGAAGAUGGAUGACAUUGAAGGGGAGAUCGAAGGCUACCAGGACCAAAUUGACGCCGAGCUGGAAAGCAGUCGACCCAAACUCCGAGGAGUUUACGCCGCGUACGCCAAAGAAGACUUGAGGAAGCACCUGGACGACGUCAUGGGCACGUCCUCAAAGACCGAGGAAGAGCAGGAGGGCGAAGAAGAUGACGCGCUGGAGGCCGUGGCCAAACACUUCGGCAAAGAUGUCGCCGAGCUGACGCUGGAGACGCUGAUCGAGCUGGAGCAGGAAGGCGGCGCCGAUGAAAACCUGGACCGCGACCCCAAGAGGAAGGGACCCACGCUCGCGUCCAUCUUGGGAGCUAGCUUACCCACUGCGGCUACGCUAGGCCUAAACGAUUCCGUAGGAAGCUGCGCCAAAGAGGAACAAGAUGACGAUGCUUCCGCCGAAGGCGGCGAGCUGGACCUGAGCGGCAUCGACGAUGGCGAGAUUGAGCUGUACCUGCUGAGCGAAAACGAGAUCAAAGUCAAGACGGCGCUGUGGAUGGCCGAGAACUCGGACUACCUCAAAGAACAGAAAGAAAAAGAGGCCAGAAUUGCUAAGGAGAAGGAGUUGGGCGUCUACAAGGAAAGGAAGCGAGCGACGCCUCGUCGGCGAGCGGCCAUCCGAGCCGACACGGCCGACGAGGCCAUCGAGAAGAUGCUGGAGCAGAAGAAGAUCUCCACCAAGAUCAACUACGACGUGCUCAAGGACAUGAACGUCAAACCCGCAGCCAGCCCCGCCCACAAGGCCCAGUCCCCCAGAAGACCCGCCUCCACCAGCGCCACCAGACUGAGCGGCCGCUGCCAAAGGCCGGGACGGGCGCCGCUCAACCUUAGCACGCCGCUCAGCUCCCUGGGAAAAAGGUUGCAGCCGUUUGUGACCGGGCAGCCCAACAAGAAGAUGGCCGUGCAGCAGCCCAGCGGCGCAGCCCCCCUCCCCGCCGCGGCCCCCCCGGCCGCCUUGGUGGAGAGCGGCCCGGUGGUCUACGACGACGCGGCGGCCGAGGAAGACGAGGAGGAGGAAGAGGAAACGUGCAUGAGCGCCAUGCGGCUGAUGGGCGAUCGAGCAGAUUACGGCUGCGACGAUUACGACGACCGCUUCUAGCGGCGGCUUGUUGUUUUCUCCUCCGAUGUCGGACCGCUUCGCGCUCUCGAAGGGAUCCUGCCUUUACGGACGUCGGCUGCCGAGCGAUCGAGACGGCGGCGGCGGAUCCCAGAGGACGACGUCGUCGCAUAAAGUCGCCGCGAUGAUGCGGACGUGUGUCAAAGUUGACUCCGGGGGGAAUCUCGGUGGAAAAAGCAAAAGCUUGUACUUCCUGUUUAGGCGGGAAGUGGCCCGAGGGCAAAGACGGAUGGCAAAAGUUGAUCUCUGACUUAUAAACUGUCAAGCCGUCGGAACUCCUCGAGCAAACGUGUUUACUCGUCAACAAAACAUAGGAAUUAGGUUUUUUGUUAAUUUAUUCGCAUGUUCGCUGCCGCAUGCCAUACUUUAAAUUCGUAUUACUACAUUACUCUUAUUAAUAUCUUUGAAUUGGGCAAAAUAUUUUCAGAAUGCAUUCAAGGAUGGCUUCUGAGCAGGAAGCAUUUUGGUUGUUUUUUUGGGGAUUUGAUUUUGGAUUGAUUGUUUUGUGUUGGAAAGCGGCCACCGGGGGGCGACGUGACGUUUCACGUUGUCGCGAGUGUCGUCGUUAUUCGGGUGUCACGCGUGACGUUUGCCGUCACCGGUGGCGGCGACGAGACGGACCGCGAUGACGGGAACGUGUCGCGUUUCACGUCGUGCGGCGGUGACGUGACCCCACGCGACCUGUGACAUCGCGCAACAUGUUGCCUAUUUUUUGACACGGUGACAUGAAACGUGACCCGUUGCACGCUGUCGCCUUCCACGAGUCUCACGAUGCAACGGGACGUUACGCGACAUAGCGCGAGAACGUGCGACCUUUCAUAAUGUCGCAUGUUCGACAACACGAAACGCGAUGCGACAUUCGGCGUUGACGCGAGCAGGCCGCACGAUGUCGCGUGGGAUCAUGUGACGUCGUCAGGUCCGCUUUCAUAACAAUGAAAGCGUUUCUUCUCCCGCCGUCGUGUCACCUGAGCGGCAUGUCAGUCCAUUUCACUUCGUGGCUCAUCAUGAAAUUCAAUAAAUGAUUUUCACGCACGAAAAGCAAACGUUGACUUUUGGCUCCGAGCUGCUGCUUUUGUUUUUUUGGAAAGGAUUUAAAAGUCCACCGAGUCUUUGUACCGCGUCUUCCUCAUCCUGGCCAAAGGUUUGCUCCUCUUCCUCAGCCCCCCCUUCUCUCCGCGGUUGCCCCCACCCACAAUUCUUUUGUGCUUUCUCACUGACCUUUGCCCCACUCGUCCCGCGUAGCACGCAAACGGAUCUUUCAUUUAUUUCUGAGAUAUUAUAUUUACAGUCGCACACAACUCCCUGCUGUCUUCUUAUCCAGCUGCGUGCGUGCGUAGCCAGUCGGGUGUGUGGCUGCGGCGCAGGUGGGGGCGACAAUUUAAUUACAGGGAGGACGAGAUGACUGCUGCCCACCUGCGUGCGCGUUGCGUCGUCUUGUUUGUGCUGCACAAAUACGGUCCGGUGUGUCGCGGAGGGAGGAAAAUGUCACGUUUUAGUCCCAAAAUAGGAUUCUUCCAAGCUGUAAAGCGGUGCUGCUGGGAAAAAGCUCAACUGUCUCAUCUGUUCCAACCGAUCAGAAGCCUGAAGAGAGUCCUUUCUGGAAAAGACGCAGCGUGCCCCGUUGAUGAAAACUGGGAAUUCCGAAAUACGAAAAUGCCGAAACGACAGGUGGCGCUGUAAUGGCAAAGUGUCAGAUUUUUGGGGCUCAUCAGAAGUCGUUUCCACAAAAGGUGCAAUUGUAACGCUUUCAAGGAAACGGACAAUUGAGAAAUGUCGCUACAUGUUGUCAAGUGCGUAACAGCGCACCUGAAAAAGCAAUUGAGUCAAUGAGAAGAAGCUUGAAGAAAGUCACUUCCGGAAAAGGCGCCAUCGCGCCGCGUUGGAGGAAAGCGGGAAUUGCGAGGCGAGCUCGUAUCUUUGCCGCGUCUCCUCCCUCCCGUGAGCUCCGGCGGAAGGUCGCGAGCCAAAACAGGACAACGUGAGCGGAUGCCCCGUCGGCGCGCCGCCGUCUUUGUUUCCCGAAGGUUCCCUCGAUUUGUCGACGCCCGGUUUCCAUUCUUCCUUGUUUCCGCCGAGAAGUCCCGAAUUGAUGUUCCCGAGCUAUUCCGCUUCCGUGUUCAGGGAAUUUGGGAAGGACCAUUUCAAGGAGGCGCUUGAUGUUUUUCGCUUCAAAGCGGUUCCCAUUUGUUCAUCGGUCUGCUCGGCAACUUGCCGCGUUUUCACCCCGAAGCCGCCGCGAGCGACUUGAACCAAAUCUCGCCCGUCGCCAAACAAACACGCAAUUCAACGCGAAGGAAUUGAACGCAUCAUUUCAGACAAAGCAAGUCGACUGCUUCCCGGGUGGUUUCCAUGGAGACGACGACGGAUGCUCCCAACAUCGGGGCCCGAACCGACUGAGGGAGACGAACAAUGGUGGGAGAAUGUUGAUCGAUUAAUUUUUGUAUGUAUUUGUGUGUGUGCGUGAAUUCGUGGGCCCGCCCACCCACAUCAGCGUGGCGAAUCUUUUAAUUGUUAUUUUUUCGCCUCAUCUUCCUCCUCGUUCCCGACGUUCAACGCCCCGCGGCCGGUGCGUGCGCGAACGCGUACGUGGAGGAAUCAAAACGGGUCGGGCCGGUCGAUGCCCCUUCGGCCGAGCCGUCCGAUAGGAUGCGAGAGGUGGGGUUCUUUCUUCUCGCUCAGGGAAGAACUCGGGCUCGCGGUGGGGAUGUCCGCGGACUGCGUCUCUUCUUCCAUCGGCACCUUUGGAAGCUCCAAAGAUAAUCGUGCCCCAAAGCACCUUCUUGCCGUUACUAUUCUGCCACUUUCCGUGCUUCAUCUGCUUCCACCACAUUUUCCCACCGAUUCAAACUGUCGCCAGCUUCAGCAUAUUCCAAAAAUGUCCACAAUUUCUCACAAAUGUGGCCCUUUACCAUUCCCACGUUAAGACGUAUUCUAAAUCAUUCCCCCCUCCUUCGUUUCCUGACCGAGUCCAAGCAUUCCUACGACAAAAUAUUUUCCGCAUUCACCAAAUUCCCCUCUUUCCUGCACGAAGGCUCCCACAUUGAGCCCAAUUCUACAUUUGCUCCCCUCCUCCCUUUCCAACAACAACAGCAACCAAAUCCGCAUUCCUUCCACAACUGUCCAUUUUUUUUUUUUUGCCCGUCUUAAAAUUCCCCCAUCCCCGACAUUCUACGUUACUCCUUCCUCCUUGACCUUUUCGUGACCCGUUCAAUCCAUUCCCGCUUGCAACAUUGCAGAAGUGCUCGCUCCCAUUUGCAAAAUUCCUCAUUUUUCCACAUCAAAAUUUGCCCGUGCGGACGUUAUUCCGUCGCCCUGCGGCCUUUCGUGACUGAUUUCUGAUUUCAUCUGGUUUCAUUGCGCAUUCACACGCCGUUCGGUUAUCGCUGAACUCGUCGCCCCGUUCAGAUCGGCGCUGAUGCCGAAGACGUCGGAAUUGAGGCUCGGGGAAGGCGGGCCGGAUGUUUGGCGGGCGAGCGGACGAGAUCGUGAGAAAGGUGCCGAGGGUUUAGUCCGCUCGUCCUGAGAGUCGACGGAUUGAUUUGGGGGGAUUUAGCCGGCGGCUCGUUAGCGCUGAUUUCGGAGCCAUUAGUAGUUCCUUACUGGUCCGCUUGAUGGAAUCGAUCGGUCCGCUCCGCUUGCGAUUGGAAUGAAAACAUUUCCGGUACGUUUGGCAGGAGUCCGGUAAUUUUGGUUGCGUUCAUUUGGGCUUUUUUGUUUUACUAGAAUUGUUGAGUUAAAAUCUAUAUAUUCACUAUUUCAAAAAUAAAUAAAUAA